AUGAAGACCAAAUCCAAAUCCCCCAAGACGAACGAAGAAAUGGAGGUGGUGAAGAGUAACGAAAAGAAUUGGGAUGAUGAGGCUCGGCGCUACAUCGAAGGCGUAGCUGCCCUUCUCAUUGCAGAUUCGCGAGCGGGUCCGCUUCUCGCCGGCACAGGCUCUGGAGAUGAGGUCGAGGAGAGGGUGGCCAGUGUGCUCCAUUCGCUGCUCGCCGACCGCGAUGCAUGGCCCGCCACCGCCCGUCCGCUUCGCGAUCACAUCCUGGGCAGCCUCGACGCUCUGACAGCCCUCCUCAUCACCAAAUUGGAGGCUGGUGUGGGCCUCAAGCGCAAGGCCGCCGCGGCCACAGCCGUGAAGUCCGGCGCACGUCCGGCCAAGAAAGCGAGGAAGGGAGACGAGAAGGAGGAAGACGAGGACGAAGAAGCCGAUGCCUUCGCGGCAUUUGGCCGCAGCGGGAGCCAGGCGGCGCUGAGCGCGCUCAAGCAGGACUUGGACGACAAGGCCCGCAACGCUCUCUACACGCAGCUGUUGCUGGCUCCCGCCACCGCAGAGCGGGCGCUGUCCAAUUUCAUGGCCCACUCCCAGGAAAAGCUGACCCUUGCCGACCGCCUGCUGCGGCUGCAGCUGUUGACCUUUGCCGCCCCGACCGACGAGGCACAUCGCGUGGCGCACACGCACCACCGCACGCCCGUUCUCACCAUGGACGAGACGAGUGCGGGCCUGCGCUCGUGUGCCGCCAUCACGCGCGAGAUCCACGAUGUCAUGCAGAACGAGGGCGCCCACGACGACGCGAAGCUGUCGGUGCUGAAGGUGUUGGCGGGACACAUGGCCGCGUGCGACUCCCGGCGGCGAUUGGCCAGCCACCCGUCGACCGCGCCGUUGCCCGACCACGUCAAGCAGCGACGCGCGGCCCACCGCCAGCGACGCGUCGCCGGCCAGUGGACCGGCCGCUACCACCUCGCGCUGGCCGACCUCCUUAAGGAGUACAUUAAGGUGGCGUCCCUGCUGUCAUCCGAAUUCGCGGUGCGCAAGGUGUACCCGGGCCUCCUCUUCAGCGUGUCGCUCGCCAGCGAGGGCGACACCCGCCUGCCGCUGGCCCUCCUCGGCGCCCUCUGCGAGCUCACCCACUCCGACGCCGACGCCGACAGCGCCGCUCAGGCCCGGCUGCGGGUGGUGGCGCACAAGCUGUUCUUCGACUUCUUCGUGAGCGAGGAGCGCGUGCUGCGGAGCAACGCGUCGGCGACGUCGACGAAGAAGAAGACGAAGACGGCCGCGACGGUGCAGCAGGCGCUGUCGCAGGACCCGCCGGUGCACUACGUCCGCUUCGCGCUGAUGGCCAAGCGCAGCGUCGAGUUCUGGGGCGGGCGCAAGGAGCAGCAGCUGACCCAGCGCCGCGAGGAGGAGAUCAAGCUCCGCAAGCGUAAGGACGUGCUCGCCACCCGCACCACCGAGGCCGGCGGCGAUCUCGAAGGUUCGUGCGCCUGUGUUUCAUAUUUAUAUUUCAGUAUUUCUAUAUAUAUAUAG